CUGAAGCACCUCCCUCUUGAUGACCCAGAAGCAAGGCAGUGAAGUUUCUUUAAAUAGCAGGUGUUUAAAUUGCGAUCAUUUUCACAGCCUCUGAAUUUCAGUUCAGUGCGGUUUGUACAAUGUCAGCCAGCGCAGCAGAAACCAGCACCCAGCUCCCCCCUCCUCCUGCAAGGGUAUUUUUCCAAGCAGCCCCUACUGGAGGCCGUGCGGGAACCGGACCAGCAACCAAGGAUGAUUCGGUCCAGAAAAAAAACGGAAAAUUGACCGUGAAAUACGACAGAAAGGAGCUGAGAAAACGGCUGAUCUUGGAGGAGUGGAUCAUUGAGCAGCUGAGCGAGUUAUACGAUUGCGAGGAUGAAGAAAUGCCAGAAGUAGAAAUAGACAUUGAUGAUGUUCUGGAUGCAACCAGUGAAGAUGAGAGGGCUAUUAAACUACAGGAAUCACUGGUAGACUGUUACAAACCAACAGAGGAAUUCGUCAAAGAGCUGUUGUCACGGAUAAGAGGGAUGAGAAAACUAAGUGCUCCUCAGAAAAAGGGUUUAUAAUGGACUGAAAUAUUCAUUCAUUCAUUCAGCAGCUGUAAUUAAACUAAGCACAGAACAGACUGAUAUCCGACAUUUAAGAUCCUCUUUUUUUUUUCCCAGGUACUAUUUAUAUUUUAAAAAAUGAUGUAAGGAGGGCUUUAUUUAAACUCUGGUGUUUUUUGAGGUUUUAAAGUUAGUUUUGCCAAGGAACCAGGUCUAGAGACCCCUUUUUUAUUUUACAGCAAAUACUUUGGGAUAUAGAAUUGUGGGUAUAGCAGUUAUCCUACAGAUUACAUUUACAGGACUAAGAGAAAGCAUAUUCAACAACCUUGGCUCUCUUGACCUUACCACUGUCAAAUGUUUUUAUUUAAGUGUUUGGUUACAGCAAAAGAUUAAUACUGUCUGUUACAAAAAACCAAAGCUAGGGGUGCUACUGUUCCGCUUAUAUUUGCUGCAAGUAUGUGUUGGAUUUUAAUGUAUUCCAGUAUUAAAGUUCUUCUUUGUACCAAGCAGCAAUUUCUGUCUUGUAUGAAACAAAGAAGCAGCACAAGAAUAAGAUGGCGUCCUUGGAGACUGUGGUGCAAAUGUAAUCUAAUGUUAUGUAAUUAAAGAUCACCAGCCUCCACAUAACCUUGCUGUAUUUAGUUGUCGGUUCAACAAAGGCUGUUUUUAGAAGUGUAUUCAAAUGUGGGAGGUAUACCCUGUGUAUUUAAAACCAAGAACAAAGCUGAAGUGUGAAAAUGUUUGGCCGUUUUAAAAUACUGUUUGACACCAACCAUUAAGGGCUUAAAUAUUUUUUGAAAACCAUUAUUGUCGGACAUGCUCGUGCUAAAAGUUAUGGAUAUAGCUUUUUUUUUUUUUUUUUUUUUUAUUUGGAGGGGGGGGUUGUGGUUGGUAUCAAGUUAGAGUUGGCAUGUGAAAUAAAAAAAUGAAUUUGACAUUACUUUUUUUUUUUUUCCUACCUAGAAUGUUUUGACACGUGAGACCUGUUCUGUACAACUGCAAGCUUUUAUUUAGUGUAAUUUUAUGUUAUUUACUAGUUGUUUUUGCUGACAAUAAAAACAAGAUAACACAA